AUGCAAUAUUGGCAAUAUGGCCACAACAAUAACAUGGUUUCUGGAGAUCAUAAUACCGGCAAUAACAAUAUGGUCAUCAACAAUACCGGUGGACCAAACAACAAUUACUUUGGAAGAUUCAACCAAACUGGGAUUAAUAUGGGGCAGAUUACUAAAAGGACAGGAGCUGAAGCAGACCAAAUAUUAUCAUCAAUGGAGCCACAAAUGCCCUCACUUCCUAAUAGUUCCAGUUUCAAUGCCAUCAUGAAUAAUAGAUCAAGUGCAUUUUCUCCGGUGCCAUGGAUACAGCUAAAUGACUACAAUAACAUCUUCCUCAACCCCAAUACUACUGGUACUAUAAUGAACAAUGUUAAUGGUACUAGAAGGAAGAAUAUAAUUAAUGGAAUGAAAAGAAAGCGCGGUGACGACGGUGAUGAUCAGAUGCUGCAGGCACAGGCUGAGGCAUUUGUAUUUGAUUUUGGUGAAGAAGAAGAAGUAGAUCAGGAUCAUGAUGUUGUGGAGAUUGAUGACGGUGAUGAUGCAAACAAGUGCUGCUCUAACAUUUACUGCCGCACUCAGACCACACCCAUGUGGCGGAGAGGUCCUCUCGGUCCUAAGAGCUUGUGUAACGCCUGUGGAAUAAAGUACGGUAAGCAAGAAGGGAUCUGGAGGGCUCUCGAGAUUGCUGCGGCAAAGGCAAGAAACAGUUCUGGUACCAGCAACGUCAACUAUCUGCAGUAA